AGACUUUCUCGUUUAUUUCCAGUUAAACCCUCCGGAAGAACCGUUUCCGAGUCCCGCCUGCCCAGCUCUUCAGCUUUCUUCCUUCUGUCUCUCGGAAAAGAAUUUCUUUCCCUUUCUUUCUACCCACUGACACUGUCUUCCUUCCUUCCUUCCCUUCAGCUAGACCCUUGUCCCUAGGGUUUGUUCUUUACUCACAGCUCUCGCCGCCUUCCCUCUCUCUCCUCUAUGGUUCGCGAAUUUUAGGUCCUUUCAAUUGCUUCAAUUCUAUACCCUAGAGUUCGGGAACCCUCAAAUUUACUUUUCCGAGAUGGAGGAAGGGAGCAACGGCGCCGGCGGAGGAGGAGGGGAAUCGUCUUCUUCCAGGACCACGCCUUCCUACGUGAAAUUGGGGGACAGACAGAUUUUCACGGUGGAGCUCCGGCCCGGGGAGACUACAUUUGUCUCGUGGAAGAAGCUCGUGAAAGACGCCAACAAGAAUUGCAGUGGAUCUGCACCAGUUCCCGACCCGCCUCCUCCGGCCAACGCCCACCCCAACCUGGAGUCCCGUAUUGCCCCAGGACAAGGGGCAGAUAAUGAAGAAAAUGAUGAUACUCAUCCUCAUCGUUUCAGUGCCGUGAUUGAGAAGAUUGAACGCCUUUACAUGGGGAAGGAUAGUAGUGAUGAUGAAGAUAUGAAAGAUGCCCCUGAUGAUGAUCAGUAUGAUACAGAAGACUCUUUUAUUGAUGACGCCGAGCUGGAUGAAUAUUUUGAAGUUGAUAAUUCCGCAAUAAAGCAUGAUGGAUUCUUUGUCAAUAGGGGAAAACUUGAGCGCAUAAGUGAGCCUGCUGCUAUUCCCAACCUGCAGCCAAAGAAAAGGAGGAGAAAAGAUUUAAAUAAGGCUCCUGGUGACAGUGGCAAUGUUAAUGUAUCUAAUAAACAUGCUAAGAUUGGAAAAUCAACAGCUGGAAAGACAGUGCAAUCACUUGGAAUGAACUCCUCCAGCCCCUCACAGGAUUUGGUUAAAUCAGGUGGAUAUAAUGAGGAUGUGAAGCCCCUUAAUUUGUCUGGAACUUCUUCCAAGAAGAAAUCUGGAGAGGCUAAACUAUGCUUGGAUCCAUCUUCAACCACAAAGAUGUCAAAUGGUAAGGCAUCAAUGGCAGAAGACAAGAAUUUUCAGAUGCAGAAGCCUGGAAGUCACCAAGCAAAGAACUUUUCAAGUAAAUCAAAAGAUGCUAGUGGAUCUUCUGAUGCUUCACACCUCAUACAUCAGAUUCAGGAUAAAAGUGCUUAUGGACAAAAUAAGUUGCAGUCUGGAAAACCUUUUAAUAAUGUUGAAGAACCCGAAUCGUCUGUUCAGUCAAAAGAAAGAAAUGGUUUCAGAAUACUGCCUGACCUUAAUAGUGCUCCUGAUGGAAAGAUGACUGUGCAUAAAACAGCAUCAACUGUCCACAAAAGGGAUGGUUCCAGUGUCAGGCCAAAAGGCUCAAUGCUAGAAAAGGCCAUCAAGGAGCUGGAAAGAAUGGUUGCAGAAUGCAAGCCAAGGAAAAAUGUCAAUGGAUUUAAUAAAUCGCCUCAUGAGUAUCCUGGGUCACUUAAUACAGCUCCGGACGCUGAAGGCUUGUCAGCAAUGCAAGAGAAAGAUGAUAGGUUUCAAAUGAUUAAAAAGGAAGUUGCUGAGAUGAUCAAGACUCGUGUCCCAUCAUCAGAGUCCAAGGCUAUUGAGCACCAAGCUGGAUCAUCUGAUGAUUUUCAAGAUCUUAAUUCAGACAACAAAGGAGUCGUGAAACGGAAGUUCGGCAUGGAUGCUGUGUUGGAGGACAAAGUUUGUGAUCUUUAUGACCUUUUUGUUGAUCUCGUAGGGCUGUGGCCAAGUGGUGCCAUGGACAACCACGGCAUCAAAAGAGCAAUAUGUCGAGCAAAAGAUAGACGAAGGGCUAUUUACAGCCGAAACAAGGAAGAGGAGAAAAUCAGAAGGAAAAAGAUAAUGCAAGCGAGACCAGAGGAACCUGACCGAGCUGAUCCAAGUACAGCUUUCCAGGCUCAGACGCAGCAGCACUUGCGUGAGAGAUCGACUAGCAACACAGGUGGUGGGCCGGUCUUGGCUUUGGCUAGCAAACCGAUGUCCGGCCAGAUGUUGAUCACCCAGGGAACCAGUAGUAGUAUCUUGGGGAGUGCCCAUAAUUUGGAGAGGCCAAAGCAGGACAGGGCGAAAGGAAGUGUUUCCAUGGAAGAAGUGAAAAUGGAAUUUGCUGUUGGUGAAGGAGUUUCGGUGAAGAAAAAGGUGAAGAGAAAACCAGAAGCCGAACUGGAUCAAACCCACUUCCGGUCAGAGAAGACUUAUUUGCAGUCGAGCGAUGAAAGACACAAGUCGGUUAAGCCAGCUCCUGUGGUUUCCCAGAAGCUAAGUCUUCAAUCUGCUGUCCUGCCGGAAGAAGAGGAAGGAGGGAGAGUGGGCCUUGAAACGAUAGCCUCUGAUUCUGUUUCCACGGGACAUGAGAAGGAAGAAGAUGAGGAAUCCAUCGGUGUGGACUGGAUUAGUGAAUUACCUGACGGAAUUCUCGUCAGCAUUCUGUCCCUCUUGAAACUCAAGGAUGCGGCCAAGACUUCAUCGCUUUCAAGUAGAUGGGUAAAUCUGUGGAAAUCAGCUGUAACCGAGCUUGAUUUUGAUGCCUCUGAACUGUUGGAACUUGUUAACUACGACGAGGAUCUAAUGCCGAGGAGAAGGAUUGAGUUCAGAGAAUGGGUGAGUGGGGUUGUGAGGCAGCUAACGGAUGCGUCCUCAGCCUCAAAAAAACUGACCAAGUUUAGGAUUUCGUUUGCCUUGACCAAUCGGUGCAACUCGGAUGGGGAUAUUGAUAGAUGGCUGAAAUUUGCAAUCUCGAAAAGGACAGAGUCCCUUGAGCUGUCAUUCGACACACCUUUACUGGACAGUUCCUGUGAUGGUGAAAAUUAUGUUUUCCCCGAGGAUUGUUUCAGUUACAUCAAAACUCCAGCUGGAUUGUCUGAUAUAAAGUCCCUCAGGUCCAUACGCUUGAGUUAUGUCGAAGUCAAGGGCGAGACUCUUGAACACUUCAUCUUGAAUUGCCCCUAUCUUGAAGAUUUAGCGGUGCACGAUUCAAAGUUAAUAGUGAAUCUCCGGAUUGCUUCGGGUUCAUCAUCACCCCUUCCUUUGAAGCACUUAGAAGUGAGGGGAUGUGAUAAUCUAGAAUCCCUAGAGGUUGAUAAUGUCCCAUGCCUCUCCCACUUUAAAUAUCAGGGUCAUCCGCCAGUGGAACUGCGUCUGGAGAAUUGUGUUAGUCUUGUGGAUGUGUACGUAGGCUUUGCUGGGUAUGAACCUGGUUUGCCAUUUCAUUCCAUCUCCCAGUAUGCUGCUCAAUUGGCGGCGCUUACCAUGAACAUCACCACGAAUUGCAUCUGUUUUUCGAAUGUGGCUGACUUCACCCGCCUUGAGCUGCUGAAGGUUGAGAUAUCCGGAAGGUUCGAUGAUACUGUCAUCGGCUUGGUUACUUUGAUAAACGCUUGUCCUCGAUUGCGCACAUUGAGGGUGUUGAUGAUGACGUACUACUGCACUGAUGAAUGGUGUGGAGGAAUGCUGAAACCACGGGUGGAUAGAGUAGUUCGUGAGAGCAUAAAAACAGUGGAGAUUAUUGGGUUUAAAGGGUAUCCAAUUGACUGCGAGUUUAUGGAGUAUGUGCUGGAAUGCUUCACAGGGAUGGAGAGGAUACUUGUUGAUCAUGGCAGUGAGAAACGAGCCAAUGAAGCCAGAAAGCGCGCAUUGGAGUUUCAGUCGAGAGUUUCCCCUUCAAUUGAUUUUGUUAUAAUUUAGUUCUUACUGAACCUUCUGGCCUUCUGAUAUGGUGUUCCAGUAGUAUUUGGUGUUCCCGUUUGUCCUUGCGCUUGUAACUUGUGCCCUAUGUAAUCUCAAUUUAAUUUCUGUGCGUUUCUCAAUAAAAUGGCUCGAGUUUGCAGUACUAUCAACAAGUGUAUAGUAUAGUCCUUUCUUGAGUUGUAUAUGGAUGGAAAGAUCAACUCGGUACAUUCUUAAUACUUUCGAUUUUGUCAGAAUCGUCACUAAGGCUUGCUUCUGGGUUUGUGUUUGCAUGAUCAGAUAUCUUGAUUGGGGUAUGCGGAAGCAGGCAGGUUUUAUGACAGUUUUCCUUGCUGAUGCUCAAUGAGUUUGUUUCUGGAGAUCGGUAUCAUUACUGCUUUACAUCACAAGAGCCUGGCUAAAAUCCCUCCCUGGGUUCUGUUUUGCAGGACAAGCAUCUUCUAUUUGGUUUAUGACUUGCUGUCCACUCCAGGGAAAGCCUGGAACAGAGUCGUCAUGGAAAGACAUGGAUGCAUUCAUUUCUGCAGAGUGUUUUGGUUCCAGCUGUGAUUGUAGAAAAACAUGUAAGGUCAAACCCAGUUUCAUGCCA